UCUGUUUGGAACGUCGUUCGGUUUGGCAGUAAUUUUUUGAGUUUUCGGUUUUUUGGUAUUCCGUGCUCGGUUCUAAGACUUUUCCUCUCUUUUCCAACCCCCUGACCCUCUUGGCCCCUGGGCCCUCGGCCGCGACCCGGUAAAAAAAAAAGAAGAGGAACCUGCGAGUGCCCAAAACGUAAACUUUUCAUUGAUUUUCCCAGGCUAAUUUAAGUUUAUGGAUAUAUAACCAAUGCCUAAAUAUAAAUACACCCAACAAAUGUGUUUCAUCUAUAAGUAGUCUAGAUUUAAAGGCUAUCGUUUUGCGGGCAAUCAUUAAGCUAAACACGUAACAUUUUCUCAGGUAGCAACAUACAACCCCUAUAGAAGCAAUAUCAAUAAAUAGAAAUAAAUUCGAAUAAAAACGAUGACGCCGGAGAAAUCAAUUUUAGCCUAUGUCAACCAUUUGAUAGUCAGCAAUUUUUCAUAUUUCUGGGAUGAGAUUGAUGGCUAUCUGUAUUAUUUGGGUGGCACUUUGGGUACCAUCACCCUUAGCAGCCUGGCAGCCAGUGUGGCCUACUACUUUGCAACUCGACCUGUGCCGGAACAACCAUUAGUGCCUCUGGAAAACCAAUCCCCAUUGCUAGAGGGUCCAGAACAAAUACACGUCUCCAAGUUCUACAAGGAGUCCAAGAAUGGAAAAUUCGUAUCCUACAUCACAGAGAAUGUCCGCACUUUGUAUCAGACGUUCCGUGAAGGUGCCUAUGCCUCCAAUAAUGGACCAUGUCUGGGAUGGCGUGAAACCCUAACAUCUCCAUAUCAGUGGAUCAACUAUGACGAAGCCCUGCUGCGAGCCAAGAACUUUGGCGCCGGAAUGCUGGCCCUCGGCGCCCGACCCAAACAGUUGAUUGGCAUCUACUCGCAAAACCGGCCAGAAUGGAUCCUGUACGAGCAGGGCUGCUACUCUUUCUCCCUGGUGGUGGUUCCACUGUACGACACCCUGGGACCUGAUGCUUGUGCCUUCAUUAUUCGCCAGACGGAGAUGUCUAUUGUGGUGGUGGAGGAUGAUGGCAAGGCGGCCAUGCUUCUGGAGAAGGCGCCGCGCAGCCUGAAGAUCAUUGUGGCCAUAAAGCCCAUCCGCCAGACGACUCUGGAGCGGGCUCGGAGUCGGGGCAUACAGAUCUUCUCCUUCAUCGAUGUGGAGAAGCUGGGAGCCAAGGGGAAUCACCCGGAAGUACCGCCCACGACGGAGGAUCUGUGUACGGUGUGCUAUACGUCCGGUACGACGGGUAAUCCCAAGGGCGUGAUGCUCACCCACGGCAACGUGGUGGCCGGAGUCUGUUCUGUGAUCCUUCAGAUGGGUGACCAUCGUAUCCGGGCCGGUGAUGUCAUGGUUUCCUUCCUGCCCCUGGCCCACAUGUUCGAGCGGUGCUGUGAGAACGGCAUGUACUACGUGGGCGGUUGUGUGGGCUUCUAUUCGGGCGACAUCAAGGAGCUGACCAACGACCUGAAGAUGCUGAAGCCCACGGUUAUGCCGGCAGUGCCUCGUCUACUGAAUCGCGUCUACGACAAGAUCCAGAAUGACAUUUCCGCUUCCGGUUUGAAGCGGGGUCUCUUCAACAUGGCGAUGCGGGCCAAGGAAAAGGAAAUAGCCCGUGGUGUCCUGAGGCGAAAUGGAUGCUGGGACAAGUUGGUCUUCAAAAAGGUGCAUCAGGCCUUUGGUGGUAACCUGCGACUCAUGGUCGUGGGCUCGGCUCCCUUGGCCGGAAAUGUUUUAACCUUUAUGCGCUGUGCUUUGGGUUGCUUGGUCCUGGAAGGAUACGGUCAAACGGAGUGUACCGGGGCCAUAACCCUCACCGUUCAGGGUGAUCAUGUGCCCAAUCAUGUGGGUCCACCCGUGUCCUGUAAUGCUGUGAAACUGGUGGAUGUGCCGGAGAUGGAGUACUUUGCCAAUCAAAAUACAGGCGAGGUGUGUGUGCGAGGAUCAAAUGUGUUCCAUGGUUACUAUAAGGAUCCGGAGAAGACGGCGGAAGCCAUUGAUUCCGAGGGCUGGCAUCAUACUGGGGAUGUGGGCAUGUGGCUUCCGAAUGGAACUCUGCGGAUCAUUGAUCGCCGCAAACACAUCUUCAAGCUCAGCCAGGGCGAGUAUAUAGUUCCCGAGAAAAUCGAGAAUAUCUAUACUCUCAGCCAAUAUGUUAACCAAGUAUAUGUUUAUGGAGAGAGCUUAAAGAGCUGCAUUAUCGCUGUUGUUGUACCUGAUGUCGAUGUACUGAAGCAAUGGGCCACGGAAAACAAUGUUCGCGGCACACUCUCCGUCCUGUGCAAUAAUAAGAAUGUCAAGGAACUGAUCAUGAACGACAUGCUGAACUGGGGUAAACAGAGCGGACUCAAGUCAUUCGAACAGGUAAAAGAUGUCUAUCUGCAUCCGGAUCCCUUCUCGGUGCAAAAUGGUUUACUUACGCCCACAUUCAAAGCCAAGAGGCCGCAGUUGAAGAGCUACUUUAAGCCUCAGCUAGAGGAUAUGUAUAAACACCUGGAUUAAAGCAAUAACUAUAUAGAAAUCAACAACGAAUCAAACUCAAGAAUAACAAGUAAAAGGGGAAAGCAUUCAAGGACUUACAGAUAUGCCUAUACCAUAUUAAACUGAUGAUAACAAAGACUACAGAUAUACAGAUGAUGAAAGCGAACUGGAAGAAAUAACAGUCUAAUUUUGUAGUUUCGUCAAUUCUUAGCCAUUAAGAAAAGCGCAAGAUAAAGUACACCAGACACAGAUUAAAAAAUAUACACACUACUUUCAAAAACUGACAUGAAAACACACUCUUUGACAGCCGCAUUUUUUAUAUAAUUUAAUCGAAAAGCGACCCCUAACCAAUAUGUUAAAAAUUAUAUAUUACCCUUCCACACAUACGAUCUAGUUCAACGUGAUUAGAACACGAUUGAUGCGUAGUCUGAACCAAAACAUAUAUAACUAACAUAUUGAGCAAAUUGAAUUAAACGAAAGCUUUAAUUAACUAUCUUAUACUACAUCGGCGUUAGUUGGAAAAGGAACUUUUAAAAUUAUAUUAGGCACAAACACUAUGAGAAUUAUGAUCAACGCAAGUGCUGAGGAAUUUAUUGAAAAUAAAAUGAAAGGAAACUAAACUAAAAAGCAGAUCUAACUUAAAAAUAGUAAAUUUAUAAAACAGAUCCACUUCUUUGGACUGCACAGUCUGCCUUACAAAAACCAAAAUUAAAAAAACUAAAAAAUGAUCAAAAAAUGCUAGAAAACUUUUUCUUAUUAAGUGCUAAAAGGUAAUAAAGCAUUACAGUAAAACUAUAAACUAAUUUCCUUAUGUAGAUAUAAAAAAAGAUAAUUCAAAUUAUGAUUUGAAAUAAAAAUAACUCAAAAU